UUUGUUAAAUAUCAAAAACAAAAAUUGAACUAACCCUUACUGUCUCAGAUCUAGCCAAGAUCGGCGGACCAAAAACCAGAUCUGACACCAAAACAACUCAAAUUCUUUGUCGUCGUUACGAUCAUCAUCAUCAUGGUUGUGGACGGUAGGCCCUUGAAGAGGAUUAAGAGGAGAGUCACCGCAGAUCUCUACGACUUCCUGAACUUUCCUGCCUACUCCAAAGACGAACCCUCCAGUGGUGUUAACCACCCAGACGGACCUUUCAGGCUGAACGUACGAUCGUUCCUCUCGAAGCAUGCGCAGCUACCUCCACCUUCGUCUUUGUUCCCACAUCUUCUCACAUGGCAGAUCUUGUUCCGGAUCGGCGAGUUGGUAGAGGGACCUGAUUCGUCUCCUACGGUCGUCGCUCUCGACGUCGUCGAAGAGGAUGUCACCAGGUCUAGGUCUGUCUACUGCGAUCAGUGCCGUGUUGGUGGAUGGAGUGGCCAUCCUGUAUGUGGGAAGCGUUACCACUUCAUAAUUCGAGCUGACAAUAAUUCCAUUGACGGAUAUCACAAGCCAUGUACAAGCUGUGGGGACUUGGUUCAUUUGUCAGACCCAAGGUGCAAGUCCUGCAACUAUGUGAUGACUGCAGAAGAUCUGGAAGACUGGAUCUAUCUUCAGUUGGAAGACACAACUCAUCUAUUGCAUGGUGUGGUUCAUUCGAAUGGCUAUGGCCAUCUUCUCAGAGUAAAUGGCCGAGAAGGUGGCUCCAAAUUUCUGUCAGGAUGUGACAUUUUGGGCUUUUGGGAUCGGCUGUGUGGGACACUUGGAGUCAGGAAGGUGAGUGUGAUCGAUGUAUCAAAGAAAUAUGGGCUGGAGUACCGCGUUCUUCAUGCGAUAACAAAUGGCCUCCCAUGGUAUGGUAAUUGGGGCUUUGAGUUUGGAGCUGGUAGCUUUGCUCUAACUGUGGAUACCUACCGGAAAGCUGUUGAUUCUCUAUCUCAUAUGCCCCUAAACCUCUUUCUCUCCCAAGCGCGGAAACCUCGCACACGUCUUCAGGAUGUGAUUUCAUUCUACCAGGCCAUGUCGGAAAGUGAGCUCAUAACAACACGAGAUCUAUUCCGCUUUUUGAUGAAGCUGAUUCAUGAUGCCCACAAGCAGGGAGUUCUUGGCAGAACCUGUAGGAAGAAUGAAUCCUCUAAUUCAACAGUCUUAUGUUCGUGGACAGUUGAUGAUAUUGACCGGGUUGAACAAGCCAUGAUUAAGGUGCUCCGAGCAGUUGGAGCAUGGAGUGGUUCUCGCUGGGUGUCGUGGCGUGCUCUCAGGGGUGCUGUUACAAAGGUUGGUUCCCCUGAGCUCCUUGAUUACUGUCUUAAGGAAAUAGGAGGAAAAUUGACAUCAGAUGGCAUGGCUGUUUGUACCCGGUGCAACCCUGAUACUGAUGCUAUUGAAUACAGACUUGAACCUGCAAGGGUCGUUGAAAAUAUUCAUGGGGAUUCGACUUCUUUGAGCUCAAACUGCCUAUCAGAAGACCAUCUUCUGCGUGACCUAAAAUUUUUAUUUGAUUCUCUUCUUCACCCUCAAACCAUGGUGAACUAUAGACCUCAAUAUGCACGAGAGCUUGCGCUCAGUUCAGCAGCAAAGCUACUAGACUCCAAGCAGUUUGUCAAGGACUAUGCCAAGUGUGAUCAUAAGGAUGCCUCUGUGAAUCCUUUUGCAAUUCGCUUAUCUUGCGUGGUGGAGCUACUUGAUCACCCUAAAGAUUACACUGCUCCGCCACCUGAGCUCAUUGUAUUACCACUUAACGCAACUGUGGCUGAUCUUAAGGUUGAAGCUACCAAAGCCUUUCAAGAAGCAUACGUGUUAUUUAGGAGAUUCCAAGCAGAAGAGUUGCUUGACUAUGGUUUUGUUGAUGACUCGACUCAUGUUAAGUUCCUUGUUGGCUUGAGUGGAUCUGUUCGGGUACGAGGUAAAUGCCUUGGUAAUCAUGGGCUACGACGGUUUCGGAUGGAAAGGGGAAUUGAAAACUGGACGGUUGAUUGCACUUGUGGAGCUAAAGAUGACGAUGGUGAAAGGAUGUUGGCCUGUGAUGCAUGUGGUGUAUGGCAGCACACUAGAUGUGCAGGCAUUGACGACUUUGCUGUGGUGCCAGCAAGAUUUGUAUGUGGGAAAUGUGAAGUUAAUCAUUGCACUACUUCACCUACCUCUGAAGGUGGAAGACAAUGCAAAGAUGAAUCCGUUGCUGCUGCAAACGUUGGGUUUGAGAAUAAUUUGACAAUGCCUUUCCGUGUCCGAUGAAGAAAUGUAUCUGUAUAUUUGUAGA